CCAUCUCAUCAUCACUUAUAUUUUAUAUAUAAAUAUAAAUAUAUAUAUAUAUAUAGCUCGAUCAGCUCCAACAUACAUUAGUUAUAUAAUUUGAUUUCAACAACUACGUACCCAUGGCUAUCAAAGUGUAUGGUUCCAUGUAUUCAGCUGCAACUCUUCGUGUCCUGCUUUGCCUUGCAGAGAAGGAUCUUGAUUUCGAGCUCAUUAACGUUGAUCUGGCCUCCGGCGAACACAAAAUGCCUCACAUGCUUGCACGCAAUCCAUUUGGCCAAAUUCCGGCAUUUGAGGAUGGUGAUGUCAAACUCUUUGAAUCAAGGGCAAUAUCACAAUAUAUAUCCACAAAAUACGCCGAUAGGGGGACAGAGCUGAUAAACAAGGAUCCAAAGAAGGCGGCAGAGGAAUCAGUGUGGAUACAAGUGGAGUCCUUAAAAUUUGAACCCGUGAUGGGGGCCUUGGCUUGGGAGCUACGCAUGAAGCCGUUGUUACUUGGAAUGAAAGGCGACAAGGCAAUCGUGAAGAAGGAGAAAAAGGUGUUGGAGAACUUGCUGGAUGUGUACGAAGAACGGCUGAGAGAGAGCAAGUAUGUCGGUGGAGAUAGCUUCUCCUUGGCAGACAUGUACCACAUUGUGUUGAUCAAGUUCUUGAUGGACACCGAGAUACGAGAGGUGUUCGAUGCGCGAUCGCAUUUGAGCGCAUGGGUUAAGAGUCUUUUUGCCAGGCCUGCUUGUGUGAAGGUUUUUGGUGUGCUUGCUCACUGAACCUGAACACCUUUAUGAUGUUGUACUUUGUGGUUGGAUUGUUGUAACCUUGGCCGGCCACCCGACACUGACUCAUGGUCAACAUAUUCCAUUGUUUAAUUUGGUGAAAGUGUUCCUUUCAAUAAAAACAAACUUAUGUUAGGUGAAAGUCUUCUUUUUCUGGCAUGUAGCAUGAAAUAAGUCAAUUAUAUUUGCUUGUUCACGUUCUAAAGCAUACAUUUUAUAUGUUGGAAUGAAUCACUUCGAUCCCAUUUGAUUCUA